UCUCGUGACACUUUUGAAUUCCUAAAGGAAUUUUAAUUCCUAACUCUCCUAAAAUCUAGAUAACUUGUAAAGGCAAAUCUACUUUCCCAAUGCCUGUAAUUUACCUGAACGAAAAGGAUCCUGUUUAGUAAUUGUGCUUUAAUUGUUGCGAAAUCGCUUCUUAAUCUUUUUAUAAAAGCUUUAACUAAAAAUUAAAAUGACAUUUUAAACUAAAAAAUCAUUCAAAUUCAAAAGGGAAUGUAAAUUAUUUUUGUCAUAACUGAAGUUUUGAGAAUUUUGAGUAGUAGAUCUCGGAUGUACAUACAAAAUGUGAGAACAGCUCUAUAACUUUAUUUGGCAUCCGCAUACCUAAAUUUAAAAUGCAUUCACACCUACGGUGCACAGGGAGGACAGUGACUAAGAACCUCUGCUCCCAGCUUCGUAAUUUAUUUGUAGAAUGCGACGGGAAACAACUGGAUUCUGGGCACCGUUCCGGGUCCAUGGCAGACGUGGCUAAGAAAAUUCAGGAACACUUAGGGGUGGAAUCCGGCUAUCACACAAUCCCAAAGAGCCGGGACGACCUGCUAAAGUUUCACCCACAGCAGGAGGACCUGCCUGAGCGUUCCAUGAAGGAUUCACACACGACUGCCUUGGUUGAUUUGAAAUCAGAUCCGCUGAUGCGCCAACUUUUCGUCAAUGGGUCUGGUUUUCUGCGCAUGGGCAAGAUAAUGGAACAGCUCGAUCUCAUAGCCGUGUGGAUCUGUCACCGUCAUGUGUACCUACCGAAGCUACCAAAGGGCGUUCCUUUGCCCUACACUUUCGUCACUCUUUUCAUAGACCACGCCAAAUUCCUGGUGCAAAAAUUCAAGCCGGACGUCGAUUUGCAGUUUACCGGUAGCGUUUCUUGGACAGGCCAAAGCUCCAUGGAAGUCACGACCUAUGUGCGGCAGAACGAAGAGGCACUGGCUAGGGCCAUCUUUAUUGUAGGGGGUCGCAAUGCCACCAACAGCGGCCCAGCCCCGAUUAACCCUCUGAAACCGCAAAACGAACUGGAGGAGUGUUUCCAUUCCGGGGCUCUGGAGCGGCAAGGUCGCCGAGAGAAACGAAAGCAGGGCAGCAGCUCCCUUUUGCAGCCGACAAGGGAGGAGGAAAAGGUCAUGUACGAUCUAUUUUUGCGAACCAAGGGCUCCGAUGGCGCAACAGCGGAUGGCUGUUUGCCUCCGGACUGCCGUUGGAUAUCCGAUUGGCACCGCAGUACCAUCCUGCACCCGUUCCCCGAGAGCCGCAACGCGUCCAAUACGAUCUUCAGUGGUUUCAUCAUCCGCAAUGCCACAGAGACGAGCUAUAUUGCCGCAAGUCUCUACGGAGGCUCCUAUGCCGUCAUCCAGUUCAUAUCGGACGUAACGUUCACCCAACAGAUCCCCGUGCACAGCUUCAUGAAGACAACUGCUUACAUUGUCUACACCCAUGGCAAGUACAUCCAGCUGAUGACUGCGGUUAAGUCGCUGGACGCCGUGAAUUUUACGGAGGUCCAUACCAAUGCCCUCCACCUGACCUAUAAGGUCGAUCGCCCCGUACCGGAGAUCAUGCCCAGCAGCUUCCAUGAGGCGCUUUGGUACUUGGAGGGUCGACGCCAUUUCGAGACAUUCCUCAAAUCAUUGGAAGGUGACAACAGCAAGGAAGGGCAUUGUGUUUAAUACAAGUUUUGAAUUAACUAAUCCUAUUUAGUUAUUUUUUUAAAAUACGACUAAAAGACGAAACUACCUGAAAGUGUUCAUAAAUGUGGUUUAGAGCGAUAUACAUAA